AUGCCCCGCCUUCUGCCUACCCUUCUCCGUCGCGCAUAUUCGUUCAACCCACUGCUUCCACUCCUCCUUCGAGAAUGUCGUGAUCUGGCCUCCGCGCGCAAUGAGCUCCGAUGGCUCCAGGAGCAUGUACACUCACUCAAUGCCGCGAAUAUCCGUGGUGAACGAUGGCGCCAGAGAAAACUACGAUUGAUGGUACAGGACCGGUCCCGGGGCAAGCCACUCCAAUAUAUACUUGGAGAUCAACCCUUCGGUGAAUUGGAGAUUCUCUGUAGGAAAGGCGUGUUGAUUCCUAGACCCGAAACAGAAUCCUAUACUUUGCGUGUAGCGCGCUUGAUCUUGUCACGGCUUCGUACGAAUGUUCCCCUCACAACACCGUUCCGGAUACUUGAUCUAUGUACCGGUACUGGCUGCAUUCCGCUACUUCUACACUCUCUUCUGGCACCAUCCAUACCUAAUCUGACUAUCGUUGGGAUUGAUAUCAGUAAACAAGCAUUAGCGCUUGCGAAGACAAAUCUAGAGUACAAUAUUUGCCGGGGACAUCUCCUGCCCCGGGCUAGGCAGGACGUCCACUUUCACCAAGCCGAUGUUCUUGAUGACGGGGCCACAUGCGGCAACAAUGCUAGCCCUAGGCUCCAAUCUGUCCUUUCCAAAUUCAUAUCUCUCGAGGAUCGACAUAAGGCACGGGCCCAAAGUACACAAUGGGAUAUUCUUAUAUCAAAUCCGCCCUAUAUCUCUCCAAUUGAAUUCCGCAAUGGAACCACAAAGCGGAGCGUAAGGCUAUAUGAACCAUCACUGGCACUUGUUCCUCCACCACUCAUGCCAAAUUCCGAAACUAGAGGCAUUAUAAUGACGGAGCUAGAAAAGCAAUCGCUAAUAACAACCCGUCAAGACUUGUUUUAUCCCCGGUUACUUGGAAUAUCCCAGCAAAUAAAUCCUACGCUUACUGUGUUGGAAUGUGGAGACCUAGCACAGGCCAACAGAAUAGUCGAUUUGGUUAGAAAGGAGAGUUGCAUUGGUCGUUUCAUGGAUGCUGUAGUUUGGAGCUGCGAAGUCUUUGUGGACUCGGGUUUUUCUGAUGCUGAUGAACAAGAAGGAGCACGAGCUAUUGCAAUCGCUAGUCGCCAGGACUCCUCAAGUCUACUCGGGCUAAAGUAG